CGCUGAGGCCCCCCCACCCCCCGAGCCCACUUGGGAAGAGCAGCAGACAAGCGUGUUGCAUCUGGCAGGGGACAGCUUCCGAGAGACCCUCAAGAAGAAGAAGCACACCUUGGUCAUGUUCUACGCCCCUUGGUGCCCACAUUGUAAGAAGGUCAUCCCCCACUUUACUGCCACUGCUGACACCUUCAAAGAUGACCGGAAGAUCACCUGUGCUGCUGUAGACUGCGUCAAAGACAAGAACCAUGGCCUGUGUCAGCAGGAGGCCGUCGAGGCCUACCCCACUUUCCACUACUACCACUACGGGAAGCUUGUAGAAAAGUAUGACAGCGAUCGGACGGAAUUGGGAUUUACCAAUUUUAUUCGAACCCUCCGGGAGGGAGACCAUGAAAAGCUAGGAAAAAAGAAGGAAGAGCUGUAAUUUCUGUCCCAGAGAAAGCUUUUCCAUUGCACUGUGAACAAUGCCUGUUUUGUUGUUCUUUCUGAAUUUCCACAGGUUCUGAAGACAAAGUUUUUUAUAGCUGCUUAUGGCCAUUUUGUACAAUUUUGAAAUAAAAUUAAGCCAUUUA